GGCGGCGGCGGGUUGAGUAGUGGUGUGGGGGAGGAGGUGUCUGGUAAGCGAGACAACAGACUUGACUUCAACUUAGAUGUUAGAACAGACAACAACAAGAAACAGUUAAACAGGCUGCCAAAACUUUCCAAAACGGGGCCAAUAAUAGUGAAGAUAAGAGUCGGGUAGUGUUAGCGGGUGAGGCCAUGUUGAGGAGUGGCCAGGAGAAGGCCAGAGAGAGGAACAGAUCACCUGGAGGAGUAGAGAGCAGAAGCAUCAUCAAGGACGACUCCAGGAGGGACAUCUUGAGGGAACAACGCGACAAGGAUGAGAAGAUGAAGGAGGCGAGGAAGGAGACAUCCACUAGGAGGGUGUCUUGGGUGCCAGGCGUGACUGACAACGCCGCCGCUACCAGGGACAAGCCAGCCUAUAAGAGGAGACACUCAGCCGUGGUCAAGUCCAGCGAGGUCACCUUCCAACGCCAGAGGUCAUUCUCCCUCGAUAGUCAACAGGUACGGCUCUCCAUGCCCGGGUCGGCGUCGUGGCUAGUGGUGCCUCGGCCGGUCAUCUCCACAGAGAACAACACGACACGUCUGACAGAGCCCCGAGGGGAGAGGGACCGCUCGGAGCCUCGCUACUUCACCUUCUCCGACGUCCACCCCUGUACCUGGGACGCCAACCCUGCCCACCCAGCCACCCAGGGGGGCGCGGGGCGGGGCACUAAUGCCACCCGAGGAGGCACCACCCACUCUAUGAUCGGUGGAGUGAGUGAUCCAGCUUCGACAAGGUUCCUAGUGCUGAACCCGGACGUGCCGAGGGAGAGACUAGUGACUUACACCAGUGCUGAAGGUGCUAGGUUGACCUUUGCUGACCUGUACACGCGGGAUUACCUGUACACCUUACCUGUGUUGUUCCUGGCAGCUGCGAGGGGUAACUCAGCCAUCACUUACCUGUUGCUCAAGUACGGUGCGGCGUCGGCAGCCACAGACGCACUAGGUAACACUCCCCUCCAUGUGGCCGCCUGUCAGAUGAACGUCGCCUGGGAGAGUGUACUCGACCUGCUGGAGUUUGGUGCGCCAAUAUCUCGACCUAACAGUGUGGGCAACCGAGCGCUCGACCUACAGCCAGCGCUAGUAAGGCUCCAGGAACAACUUGUACUCGACUGCUUCGCCACCUUCGAGCCGCCAGCCAGACCCGAACCUGACCCGGUGACCUCCUCCAACCGUGACCUGACCUCCGUGCCCGUGAGACAAUCCUCCAAUCUGCUGCGUCGCCUACAGGGUGUGGCCAGCAGAGAGAAGGCACCUGUACCGGGAGUACCCACGACCUCCAGCCUCCGGGGUCGUGUGACAGGGAGUCGUACUGGAGCGCUGAGAGGAGAAAGGGAAGAGGAUGCCAGUGUGUCGUCGACGGAAGCCACGACCCAUCUUCAGUCGUCUGGGAGUGUGAGAAGUCGUGGUGGUUCUGGCCCUGGCCUUGGCAACGACUACCGUAGUAAGGAAUUGACGUGAAACGCUGAGUCAUCUGGGCAACAGGAGGCGGAUACGACAGCUGCACGAGGAAGGAAUGGACUCUGAGAACGCUGGCAAGACGACAGUGGCUGAAGCAGAACGAAGCAUCGGGCUGUUGAAGCGACUGUCAUCCAGCUCGGAGUGUUUGGGGUUCAUUGCCAAGAACCUCCUCGCCUCCGCCUCCAACAUCAUCGACUUCUACGAGCGCUGCAACGAGACUCACCUACACACCUGCUUCAGCUCCCUCCUACACAGUGUC